AUGGUAGCAAAGGAGAAAAGAGUUUUCCAGGAGGGAGAACGUGACUACCAGUGUCAGUGCUGCGGAGAGAUAAAACACAGUGAAGACUUGGAAUUGUCCAGUGGAUUGGGAACCUACUCUGAAGAUAAGUUUGGCAGUCUGCGUCUGGAAAAGUCCAGCCUUGAAAACUCUGUGGAGCAGUUGUACUAUGUACACGUGGGGCCGCCAGGAGUUGGAAUUGAUUCCACAGUUAUUUACACAAAGAAAUGGGACAGCAAACUGAUUUUCACUCUUUCUCUUGGUCAGUGUGCUGGAGAAGAGCAGCGAGUUGGCACCCGCACAGUGUUGGUUGGCAAUCAUCCAGUUUCAGAAACAGAAACUUACAACACACGAUUUUGUGAUAACAGAAUAGUCUCAUCUAAGUAUACGCUUUGGAAUUUCCUCCCAAAGAAUCUGUUUGAACAGUUUAGAAGAAUUGCAAAUUUUUAUUUUCUCAUCAUUUUCCUUGUACAGGUCACUGUUGAUACGCCAACCAGCCCAGUUACCAGUGGACUCCCACUGUUCUUUGUUAUCACUGUCACAGCCAUCAAGCAGGGCUAUGAGGAUUGGCUGAGGCACAGAGCUGAUAACGAAGUCAAUAAAAGCACUGUUUACAUUAUUGAAAAUGCAAAGCAAGUGAUGAAAGAAAGUGAAAAAAUCAAGGUUGGUGAUGUAGUAGAAGUACGGGCAAAUGAAACCUUUCCUUGUGAUCUUAUUCUUUUAUCAUCAGGCACGAGCGAUGGCACUUGUUACGUCACUACUGCCAGUCUGGAUGGGGAAUCCAAUUGCAAGACGCAUUAUGCGGUACGUGAUACCAUUGCACUGUGUACAGCCGAAUCCAUUGAUACUCUUCGAGCAGCAAUUGAAUGUGAACAGCCUCAGCCUGACCUCUACAAGUUUGUUGGGCGAAUCAAUAUCUACAGUAAUAGUCUUGAGGCUGUUGCCAGGUCGUUGGGGCCUGAAAACCUCUUGCUGAAAGGAGCUACAUUAAAAAAUACCAAGAAGAUAUAUGGAGUUGCUGUUUACACGGGGAUGGAAACUAAAAUGGCUUUGAACUACCAAGGGAAAUCGCAGAAACGUUCUGCUGUUGAAAAAUCCAUCAAUGCCUUUCUGAUUGUGUAUUUAUUUAUAUUACUAACCAAAGCUGCAGUGUGCACUACUCUAAAGUAUGUUUGGCAAAGUAAUCCAUAUAAUGAUGAACCUUGGUAUAACCAAAAGACCCAGAAAGAGCGGGAGACUUUGAAGGUUUUGAAAAUGUUCACCGAUUUCCUAUCAUUUAUGGUUCUCUUCAACUUUAUCAUUCCCGUCUCCAUGUAUGUUACAGUAGAAAUGCAGAAAUUUUUGGGCUCUUUCUUCAUUUCAUGGGAUAAGGACUUUUAUGAUGAAGAAAUUAAUGAAGGAGCCCUGGUUAACACAUCAGACCUUAAUGAAGAACUUGGCCAGGUGGAUUACGUAUUUACAGAUAAGACUGGCACGCUUACUGAAAACAGCAUGGAGUUCAUUGAGUGCUGCAUCGAUGGCCAUAAAUACAAAGGUGUGACUGAAGAGGUGGAUGGACUCUCUCAAACGGAUGGAACCGUGGCAUACAUUGACAGAGCAAAUAAGCAUAGAGAAGAACUCUUUCUGCGUGCUUUGUGUCUAUGUCACACUGUAGAAAUUAAAGCAAAUGAUGCUGUUGAUGGAGCUACAGAAUCAGUGGAAUUACCCUAUAUCUCCUCUUCACCAGAUGAAAUCGCUUUAGUGAAAGGAGCUAAAAAGUAUGGGUUCACAUUUUUGGGAGUUCGGAAUGGCUAUAUGAGAGUAGAGAACCAAAGAAAAGAAAUUGAAGAAUACGAACUUCUUCACACCUUAAACUUUGAUUCUGUCCGCCGACGUAUGAGUGUAAUAGUGAAGACUGCGACAGGAGACAUACUUCUCUUUUGUAAAGGAGCAGACUCAGCCGUUUUCCCCAGGGUACAAAAUCAUGAAAUUGAGUUGACUAAAGCCCAUGUGGAACGUAAUGCAAUGGAUGGUUAUCGGACACUUUGUGUAGCCUUCAAAGAAAUUGCUCCAGAUGAUUAUGAAAGAAUUAACAGACAGCUUACAGAGGCGAAAAUGGCCUUACAAGACAGAGAAGAAAAAAUGGAAAAGGUUUUUGAUGAUAUUGAGACGAACAUGAACUUGAUUGGAGCCACUGCAGUGGAAGACAAGCUGCAAGAUCAAGCUGCUGAGACCAUUGAAGCUCUGCAUGCGGCAGGUCUGAAAGUGUGGGUGCUUACCGGGGAUAAGAUGGAGACGGCCAAAUCCACAUGCUAUGCCUGCCGCCUUUUCCAAACCAGCACCGAUCUGCUGGAACUGACCAUGAAAACCAUCGAAGAAAGCGAAAGAAAAGAGGACAGAUUGCAUGAAUUGCUGAUAGAAUACCGGAAGAAGUUGCUGCAUGAAUUUCCUAAAAAUACUAGAAGCCUUAAGAAAGCAUGGACGGAGCACCAGGAAUAUGGAUUAAUCAUUGAUGGCUCCACAUUGUCACUCAUAUUGAAUUCUAGUCAAGACUCUGGUUCAAACAAUUACAAAACCAUUUUCCUACAAAUCUGUAUGAAGUGCACUGCUGUGCUCUGCUGCCGGAUGGCACCAUUGCAGAAAGCCCAGAUUGUCAGAAUGGUGAAGAAUUUAAAAGGCAGUCCAAUAACACUGUCGAUAGGUGAUGGUGCCAAUGAUGUUAGUAUGAUCUUGGAAUCCCAUGUGGGAAUAGGUAUUAAAGGCAAAGAAGGUCGCCAAGCAGCCAGGAAUAGUGAUUAUUCUGUUCCAAAGUUUAAACAUUUGAAGAAACUGCUGUUGGCUCAUGGGCAUCUAUAUUAUGUGAGAAUAGCACACCUUGUGCAGUAUUUCUUCUAUAAGAACCUUUGUUUCAUUUUGCCACAAUUUUUGUACCAGUUCUUUUGUGGAUUCUCACAACAGCCCCUUUAUGACGCUGCUUAUCUUACAAUGUACAACAUCUGCUUCACCUCCUUACCAAUCCUGGCCUACAGUCUCCUGGAACAGCACAUCCACAUCGACACUCUGACCUCAGACCCCCGAUUGUAUAUGAAAAUCACUGGCAAUGCCAUGCUACAGUUGGGUCCCUUCUUAUAUUGGACAUUUCUGGCUGCCUUUGAAGGGACAAUGUUCUUCUUUGGGACUUACUUCCUAUUUCAGACUUCAUCCCUAGAAGACAAUGGAAAGGUGUACGGAAACUGGACUUUCGGAACCAUUGUCUUUACAGUCUUAGUAUUCACUGUAACUCUGAAGCUUGCCUUGGAUACUCGGUUCUGGACAUGGAUAAAUCACUUUGUGAUUUGGGGUUCCUUAGCCUUUUAUGUGUUUUUCUCAUUCUUCUGGGGAGGAAUAAUUUGGCCUUUUCUCAAGCAGCAGAGAAUGUAUUUCGUAUUUGCUCAAAUGCUGUCUUCUGUCUCUACAUGGUUGGCCAUAGUUUUUCUAAUAUUUAUCAGCCUUUUCCCUGAGAUUCUCCUGAUAGUAUUAAAGAAUGUAAGAAGACGAAGUGCCCGGAACCCGAAUCUUGAGCUGCCUAUGUUAUUGUCCUACAAGCAUAUUGACGGUGGCUACAGCUAA